GCCCCUAACAGAUCCGGCUCCACACUGUCUCUCUUGCAGCAGCCCCCAGCCAGCAUUUUCGUAGUGCAGAGAAAAUGGACUCGCGAUUCUCCAGCUAAUUAAAUAACCGCUUUCAAUACGUUACGCACGCUCUCAGCCGGGGUGGCCUGCGAUCUCUCCCUCACUGCCUCCCUCACGCUGCGGGAGAGAAGCUUUUGGCAAUGUUUAUGCGACUCCAGUUGCUCCAGGGUGGGAGAGCUUGUCCGCCGUUGGGCUCUGCGUGCACAUUGCAGGCGUCGUGCUUCCCCGUGCUCUCCCGUCGUACUCCCUCCGCUGCUGGUAGAACGUCAAGCAUCCGCUCGUCGACUUGUGUCUGGUAACCUCACAUCGUUGGCCCCCCCUCCCCUCUGCCGAACCCGACACGAACCUAGAAGCGGCACUCAAGAGAGCCAGAAACACACCUUGAUUUGUUUGUUUCUCCUUCGACUGCU